CGGCGGAGGGAACGGGGAGGCUGGAGCCGGGGGCCCCGCGGUCUGGAGGCGGUGGAGCCCCGAAGUCGCUCCUCCUCCGAGCCGCUUUCCCCUCGGGUCUGCUCUUUACGGGGCUUCUGGAAGGAGCCGCUGUGUCGAAGCCGUUGUAAGAUCCUAAAACUGUACAGAAUUUCACGAUGAGUGAUACUUCUGAAGUGAUUCCAGAUUUUGAAGAGAUGUUUGCAAGCAGAUUCACACAAGAUGACAAAGAGUACCAAGAAUACUUGAAACGUCCUCCUGAAUCUCCCCCAAUUGUUGAGGAAUGGAAUAGCAGAGCCGGUGGUAACCAAAGAAAUCGAGGCAACUGGCUGCAAGAUAACAGACAGUUUAGAGGUAGGGAUAACAGACGAGGAUGGCCAAGUGACAAUCGAUCAAAUCAGUGGCAUGGACGGUCAUGGGGAAACAAUUACCCACCGCAGAGACAAGAGCCUUACUAUCAACAACAAUACGGACAAUAUGGUCACAACCAGCGGCCUCCAUAUAGUUACUACUGACGGACAUGUUACGGCUCUUAACAGAAGACCGUUCAUUUUAAUAAUGUGUUAAACGUUUGGUUGUCUUCUUUUGGUCAUAGUUUUUCAUUCUGUUUUACAGAAUGGGUUGUUAAUUGUUUAGAACUUGAGACUUGAAUAAAAUUGAUCUUGCUAGAGAUGUGAUGAUUGGUGGUAAUAAAGUGGAUUAUAUAUGA